AUGGCGACCGUCAAUAUCUCCUCGUCGCCUAUAACCCAGGUCUCUCAGACCCCGACACAUACAAACUUGCAGCCGCAAUUGCUGACGCGCCUUCUGCUGGACCUCCGUGGCCGUCGCUUUGAAGUGGACCGGGAGACGAUUAUGAACCUGCCUGAGUCGGUGCUGCUGUGCCUUUUCCCCAAUGGUCUGGUUCUCAGCAGGCAGAGUGUGGCCUUAUCGGACGGCGGGGAUGGUGAGGAGGAAGAAGAGGUCUAUGGCGUCGAUUUCGAUCCAGAAUGCUUUCAAUACGUCCUCACCUUCUUUCGCACAUCCUCAGAAGCGUUCUACGGAACUGCUACCUCCCCUGGUCUCUUAAGUGCCCAGCAGCACCUUCUUGAUGGGUCACCACCGAGCGAAUUCGGGUCCGCGACCUCACAAAAUCCCUUACUGUCCAAGCAAGCUAUAAUCGUACUGCGUGAGGAGCUGGAAUACUUCUCUAUCCCUCCCAAGGAGAGUGACGCGGCGACCGACCAGAACGGCAUCGCGAACGACAUACUGCUGGGUCUGAAGAGGAAGUGUGGCGAAUACUUGAUGGAGAAGAGGAAUAUAUUUACCGCGCUUCAGAGAAACGUCAACAAGGAGAAUAAUCUUGCUGAGCAGCAUCUGAUUGAUAUGCUUUGCAUGAGUGGCUUCGAUCGCGAAGAUGAGUGGGGCUAUCGAGCACUGGAGCCUUCGAGAUGCUGUAUUUCGUCUAUCGCACUAGUGCUGCUCAAGACGGGAAUUAUGCAUCAUCCUCCGGCUUCCAAUGGGGAGAGACCUGUAACAGUCGACUAUAGCCAAAUGGCGACUGCGCAAAAGUUGCUGCUCUUUUGGCGGAAACCCGCACGCAAGUGCUGGUGGGAUGGGAUUGACGUUGAGCUGCCCGAAUCAGAAGGGCAGCCUGCCAAAACGGUCAAACUGUGGGCGCGAAGAGUCUGGACACUGGAGCUGAGCUUGGUGUGA